GCCAUGGCAAGGCCAGUAUAAAAGCUCUGCCUCUGCCAGUCUCUCCCAGCCACCCCUCUGGUCGCCUUCUCCUCGGGGAACACGAGCACCGUCCCAUCGCGCACCAAGAUGUCCUGCUACGACCUGUACCCACCAAGAAGCAGCGUGGCCGUCCCCCAGCCCAUCGCUGAGAGCUGCAACGAGCUGUGUGCCCGCCAGUGCCCCGACUCGGCAGCCUUCAUCCAGCCACCGCCCGUGGUUGUCACCUUCCCCGGCCCCAUCCUCAGCUCCUUCCCCCAGCAAGCCGUGGUGGGCUCCUCCGGAGCACCCGCCUUUGCGGGCUCCCUGGGGCUGGGAGGCCUCUACGGCGCCGCGGCCACGCAGGGCUCGGGGGGCCUCUGCACCUUUGGCAGACCCUAUGCUUCUCCCGCCUGCAGCCUUGGCGUUCUGCCCCGCUACAGCCAGAGGCUGUGGGACACCCGUGGGUCCUGCUAGAGCCAAGGCCAAAGCCACCAUCACCCCUGGGGAGUGAGAUCAUGGGCACAAGGAACUGAGGAGUGCUGAGCAUCCCCAUCCCCAGCCAAGGCCUGGGUAGCUGGCAAUGUCGCACACCCUCAGCUCAUCCCUGCCCUCUUCUCCUGCCCUCUGCUCUCCUU